GAAAGUGUUCUACAGUAGAUUUGGGGGAUUUUGGCCAACACCUCUUACUCUCUACUAUAUAUAUCUGCCUGAUCCUACACAUUCUUCUCACUAAGCUAUACACAGAUAUACACACACACAUAUAUAUAUAGAGUCUCUCCAGCUUAUCAGAUUUUCAGCUCUUAAAACUAAAAAUGGUGGUUUCCAGCAAGGACGGGCAUUACGAUUGGGCUAAAGAAUUGAAGGAAUUUGAUGAGACAAAAGCUGGUGUAAAGGGUCUGGUGGACGCCGGGGUCACUAAGCUCCCAAGACUCUUCGAGCACCCGCCGGAGACUUUGCAGAGCCGCCCAAAGCUCGACGCUGUGCACCUGGAUCUGCCCACGAUUGACUUACAGGGCCUGGGCCCACGGCGGAGUGAAGUGGUGGAGCAAAUGCGUAAGGCUGCCCAAGAAUGGGGGUUUUUCAGGAUAGUGAACCAUGGGGUUACGCUGGAGACAAUGGACGCCAUGUUGGCUGCCGUGAAGCGGUUCCACGAGCAGCCAACGGAAGAGAAGAUGCCUUGGUAUUCAUCUGAUGUCAGGAAACAAGUGAAGCUCAACAGCAACUUACCUUCACGUGAAAAUGAUCCGGCCAGUUGGAGGGAUAUCUUGAGUUGCGUUUUCAGCGAUGAUCAGCUUCACCCCGAAGAUUUACCUUUAGCCUGCAGGAAUGAGGUGUUGGAAUAUGUGAAAUCCAUGAUUGAACUACGCGAAAUCAUGGCUGAGUUGCUAUCAGAGGCUCUGGGGCUUCCCAGCGAUUACCUGUCGAGCAUAGAGUGCAUGAAAAGUGAGGCACUUGCAUGUUUGUAUUAUCCAAAAUGCCCUGAGCCUGAGAAAACCUUAGGCACACCAAAGCAUUCAGACACAACUUUCCUCACCUUACUCAUGCAAGACAGCACCGGCGGUCUCCAAAUCCUGCACGACGAUCACUGGGUCGACGUCCCUCCAGUCCGUGGAGCUCUUAUUGCCAAUAUUGGUGAUCUUAUGCAGAUUAUUAGCAAUGACAAGUUCAUAAGCGUGGAGCACAGAGUGGUAGCUCAGCCUGUUGGGCCAAGGAUUUCAGUAGCGUGCUUCUUCACUCCAAGUGUGAGGGCUGCAGCGAAGCCAUUUGCUCCCAUAAAAGAGCUUCUGUCGUCUGAUGAAAAUCCAGUCAUAUACAGGGAAUUCAUGUUCAGGGAAUACUGCCAGUAUUAUAAGACAAAAGGCGAGAAAGUUGAGUCGGCUCUGCUUCAUUACAAGAUCCGAUGAACUGUUCACCAAUCUUGUUAGAAUUUGCUUCACAUCUUUUGAUAUGUCCCUGCGUUAAUUACGAGAUGUAAUAAGAAUAUUUUGUAGAUUAUUCCUGUCAUUUUAGUCCCAGAAACUUU